UCUUUCCUACUGAACUGGGAGAUCUUCUCGGCUGGCCAGCGAGUCGGUCGAUUUUGCCGAUUUAUCAACUAUUUGUACGAAUCUCCAGUUGUUUCGUGCCACUAUAGAGAGAGAGAGAGCGAAGUGAAGUGAAAAAACUCCCUUUGCGAACUCAUCUUGCAGGCGCUUUGCUUCCGCAGCCGCCAUGGCGUUCUCUUUUUCCUAUAGCUUCCCUUCCAAUGUGGGGGUUCACGAUUACAAGUUGAAGAACUUCAGCUCACAAAGCUACGACUUCUCGUCUUCGUCGUUCAUUUUGCACGGUGGAGAUCUUCUUCAACGGCCUGCUUUUCUCAGAACUGGAUCAAUUUCUGAGAGGAGAAGAGUGGAGCGAUCCCAUUCCAGCGUCUUCUCUCCUGUUAGAGGUGUUGUAAUAGACACGUCCGUGGAAAAAACUCAACUUCCAAAAGGUGAUACAUGGUCUGUUCAUAAAUUUGGUGGGACGUGUAUGGGCACCACCAAAACCAUUCAGAAUGUUGCAGAGAUAAUUAUCAAAGAUGAUUCAGAAAGGAAGCUUAUAGUUGUGUCUGCAAUGUCAAAGGUUACAGACAUGAUGUAUGAUCUGAUUUAUAAGGCACAGUCACGGGAUGAAUCCUACAUAUCUGCAUUGGAUGCUGUUUUGGAAAAGCACAGGCUAACAGCACUUGAGCUACUUGAUGGAGAUGAUGUUGCAACUUUCCUAUCGCGGUUGCAUCAUGACAUCAAUAAUCUCAAAGCCAUGCUUCGUGCAAUUUACAUAGCUGGUCAUGCAACAGAAUCUUUUUCAGAUUUUGUUGUAGGUCAUGGAGAGUUAUGGUCUGCUCAGAUGUUGUCAUUGCUAGUCAGAAAGUAUGGAAUGGAUUGCAAUUGGAUGGAUACAAGGGACGUUCUUAUUGUAAAUCCUACCAAUUCCAAUCAAGUUGACCCUGAUCUUCCGGAAUCUGGGAGAAGAAUUGAGAAAUGGUUCUCUGAAAAUCCUUCUAAGACAAUCAUUGCUACAGGCUUCAUAGCCAGUACACCCCAAAAUAUCCCUACAACUUUGAAGAGAGAUGGGAGUGACUUCUCUGCAGCUAUAAUGGGUGCUCUAUUAAGGGCUCGUCAAGUCACGAUAUGGACAGAUGUGGAUGGUGUAUAUAGUGCAGACCCCAGGAAAGUUAGUGAGGCUGUGAUAUUGGGAACCUUGUCCUAUCAGGAGGCAUGGGAAAUGUCAUAUUUUGGGGCUAAUGUUUUACAUCCCCGCACCAUCAUCCCCGUGAUGCGUGAUGGCAUUCCAAUUGUAAUAAGAAACAUAUUCAAUCUCUCUGCUCCUGGUACUGUAAUUUGCAGGCCUUCUUUAAAGGAAGAUGGAGAUGGGCAGAGGUUGGAGUCACUUGUCAAAGGGUUUGCCACAAUAGAUAACGUGGCCCUUGUAAAUGUUGAGGGUACUGGAAUGGCUGGUGUUCCCGGCACGGCUAGUGGCAUUUUUAGUGCUGUGAAAGAUGUGGGAGCUAAUGUUAUCAUGAUAUCCCAGGCAAGUAGUGAGCAUUCUGUGUGCUUUGCCGUCCCUGAGAAGGAAGUGAAAGCUGUUGCAGAGGCUUUACAGUCAAGAUUUCGUCAAGCAUUGGAUGCUGGGCGUCUUUCUAAGGUUGAAGUCAUUCCAAACUGUAGCAUUUUAGCAACAGUUGGUCAAAAAAUGGCAAGCACUCCUGGAGUUAGUGCUUCUGUUUUCAGUGCACUGGCAAAGGCUAAUAUAAAUGUACGGGCUAUAGCUCAGGGUUGCUCCGAAUACAAUAUUACAGUGGUACUAAAGCGCGAAGAUUGCAUAAGGGCUUUAAGAGCUGUCCACUCCAGAUUUUACCUGUCCAAAACCACAAUUGCAAUGGGUAUUAUUGGAUCAGGGCUGAUUGGUAGCACAUUACUUGACCAGCUAAGGGAUCAGGCAGCAGUCCUAAAAGAAGAAUUGAACAUUGAUUUGCGUGUUAUGGGAAUCACGGGAUCAAGGACAAUGAUUUUGAGUGACUCGGGAAUUGACUUAACGAGAUGGCGAGAGAUUCAGAAGAAGGGAGAAGUGGCUAACUUGGAGAAAUUUGUUCAACAUGUUCAUGGAAAUCAUUUCUUCCCUAACACUGUACUGGUAGAUUGUACAGCAGAUUCUAAUAUUGCAAGCCAUUACUAUGAGUGGUUGCGUAGAGGAAUUCAUGUUGUCACCCCGAACAAGAAAGCUAACUCAGGACCUCUAGACCAGUAUUUGAAGUUAAGAGCACUUCAGAGGCAAUCCUAUACUCAUUAUUUUUAUGAAGGGACUGUUGGAGCUGGUUUGCCAAUCAUGAGUACGUUACGAGGACUCCUAGAAACUGGUGACAAGAUUUUGUGUAUUGAAGGCAUUUUUAGUGGGACAUUGAGUUAUAUUUUCAACAACUUCUUAGCAACAAGGACAUACAGUGAGGUGGUAGCAGAAGCUAAACAAGCGGGUUAUACUGAGCCGGAUCCAAGAGAUGAUUUAUCUGGAACAGAUGUUGCCAGAAAGGUCAUAAUCCUUGCCAGAGAAUGUGGUUUAAAGUUAGAGCUUAGUGAUAUUCAGUUGGAAAGCCUCGUACCAGAACCAUUAAGAGGCAGUGCAUCAGCUGAAGAAUUCAUGCGGCAACUUCCCCAAUUCGACAAAGACAUGUCAAAGAAACAACAGGAUGCUGAGGCUGCAGGCGAAGUACUAAGAUAUGUCGGGGUGGUGGAUGUGAUCGAAGGAAAAGGGGUUGUAGAGUUGAGAAGAUACAAGAAAAGUCACCCUUUUGCACAACUUUCUGGGUCUGAUAACAUCAUUGCUUUCACAACAUCAAGAUACAAGACACAACCUCUUAUUGUCCGUGGGCCAGGAGCAGGGGCUCAAGUUACUGCAGCUGGUGUAUUCAGUGAUGUAUUGCGGCUCGCCUCUAAUCUUGGUGCUCCUUCAUAGAAUUGGAAAUUGAUGCAACUCUUGGUUGUUUUUAUAAUCUGUUUUUCUUUCUCUGAGGGCAGUCCCACAGCUUCAAUUUGCUUUUGGAAGUGCUAUGCAGUUGUAACACAACUGUCAUCAUGUUUAUCUUCUUUUUUUUUUUAAUGUUUUGUGAUAGCAGAUUUUGCAUUAUGUCUGUGAUCGAUAGGCCAAUAUAGGUAAUUCUAUUAUGUUUAUGAAAUUUUCUUAUAUCUCUAGAGUGAUGAUUGA